AUGACGAGGGCUUGGAUUGUGGAUGGUCCAUGGAUUGCGAGUAUUAUAACGAAUGCGUCUCUGUCUUCAGCUCUUCAGAUUACAGCUUGUGGAGCUUCUAUCAACUGCCCUAAUUGCUCCUGCCGCAUCGACAACAGCAAUGUACUGACUCCAUCGUGGCCAGGCCUUCCUAAAGGUGUGAAAUUCGAUCCAACCGACGAGGAAGUGAUCGAGCAUUUGGAAGCUAAGUGUGGGAUUGAUGGUUUAAAACCACAUCUUCUCAUCCAAGACUUCAUCUGUUCAGUGACUGAUAUCAAUUACACUCACCCUCAAAACCUUCCAGGAGUUAAUAAGGAUGGAACUAGUGUCUUCUUCUUUAACAAGACGGCGAAAGCCUAUACAAAGGGGGAGAGAAAGAGGAGAAGGAUUACACCAUCUUGUCUGACGGAUGAAUCAGUUCGCUGGCACACGACGGGUAAAACCAAACCGGUGAUGCUCAAUGGAGUCCAGAGAGGUUUUAAGAAGAUCAUGGUGCUCUAUAAGAGCGCGAGGAAGGGAUCAAAACCCGAGAAACUUAACUGGGUUCUGCACCAGUACCACUUGGGAACAGAAGAAGAAGAGAUUGGAGAAUAUGUUGUUUCUAAGAUCACAUAUCAGCAACCAAAGCAAUGGGAGAAAACUGGAGAUGAGAGUGAGAGUUUUGCGAUUUCUGUUCCUGAGAAUGAAAAAGCGUAUGAAGAUACUAAUAUAGUUCUUGAUACAUUUGUUCAGGGACUGAAGAACAUUCCAGAAGCUUCUUUUGGUUCGACAUCAGACGUAAGAGCACAAGUGGCAGGGGAACUGAAUGUUUCUGAAGAUAACUUGGUCAGCAAGAAUAUUGAAGCUUCAUCGUCCUUUGUGGAGAAGAACCCUAAUCAUGGGGAUUUCGACAUCGCAUCCGAAAACUUUCUAGUUUCAGAUUUGGAUAAUGCAGAUUUAGGGGCUCUCACUGAUUUCUUUUCAUUUGCUUCCGAGGACAGCUUAUUUAAUUGGUUGGGAUGA